CAAGAGCCCACCCAACCUGAAUUGGGGCAACGCAACAAAUCAGAACUGUGGAAAUACUGUGCAUGAGAAUUGCGGCAACAUAACAAAUCGGAACUGUGGAAAUAUCACAACCAACACCAACGCCUCUCAAUAUAUUCAUCUACAACAUUCCCAGAUAGCAGAGACAGCUGUCCAGUACCAAACCUUUGUGACCAACAACUAUUCCAGCUUUUUCUCUCCUGAUGAUCAGUUCAUAAAGGAGCUUGUGCAAAAGGCAGCUACUGAGAUGCAUCAUAUCACACAAAAGUAUGAUGUACCUGCUAGCCGGGAACUUGAAGUGGUUGAGCUUGCAUUAUUCGAUCUGGUCAUUGUUUGCGAUAAUAGUUUGUCUAUGUUGAAGCACCAGCGUGCCCUAAAGGAUAUACUCCUACGUCUUGUUACAAUUUCCUCGCUUCUCGUACCAAAGGGAAUAACAAUCCAGCUCCUCUAUCCGAACACAGGCGGGAGGGACCUUUUCGAGAACAUAACUACCAGCAAUCAAGUUGAAAACAUGUUUCAAACAGUCAGAUUCCUCAACUUUCAAAGGCUCAUAGGCCGUUCGGGAUUAGGUGAGGUUGUCAACAAAAAGAUCGUACAUCCUAUGAUCAUUAGAAAGGCCAAAGCAGGCAACCUGAAACGGCCAGUGAUCACCGUUAUUAUCUCAGACGGAGAGCUCAUAGAGCUUUUCUUGACUGCCUUAGACCGCCAAGCG